AGAGCAGGGAAAAUUGGGGAUGUUGAAAGGCCGUUGUGACUCACCGCCCAUCACUCUUCCUUGAACGUGUAUAAAAGGAAGAAGCUCAGCCCUCUCCAGGCUGGGCUUCGAAGGCGCCGGACAUCACUCCCUGGCAUCAUGUGGGCCAAGAAUAUUACGGGGAACUUUGCUAAUGUGAUUCACGGGCUGAAGCCAAGCCACUUGACCGAACGAGUCGUUCAGAGGAGCAAACGGAUGAUUUUGGACACUUUGGGAGUCGGGCUGGUGGGCACCAGAACGGACGUCUUUCAGAAGCUCAUCCAGUACAGCAAGAUUUACAGCUCGGAUUCAUCCAGUUCUGUCUGGGGAUGCUCAACGCUCAAGCUGCCUCCACUCUAUGCAGCGUUGGUGAACGGUGUGGCGAUACACUCCAUGGAUUUUGAUGAUACGUGGCAUCCAACCACCCAUCCUUCGGGGCCAGUGCUGUCAGCCCUCAUGGCCGUUGCUGAAGGGGUGGCCAAAAACCAAAAGGUUUCUGGCUGUGACUUGCUUUUGGCUUUCAAUGUUGGGAUCGAGGUGCAAGGCAGGCUGAUGACCUUCUCCAAGGAGGCCAGCAAUCUUCCUAAAAGGUUCCACCCACCCUCCAUUCUGGGCACCAUGGGAAGCGCUGCAGCCACUGCAAAGCUCCUGGGCCUCGACCAACUCAAGUGUAAGGAAGCCAUGGCGGUAGCCGCCUCUUAUGCCGGUGCUCCACUAGCCAAUGCAGCCACACAGACCAAACCACUUCACAUGGGCAACGCCAGCCGGCACGGCGUGGAAGCAGCUCUCCUGGCCUCUCUGGGCCUGCAAGCCAACAAGCUGAUUCUGGACCUCGAGUCAGGCUUUGGGGCCUUUUACAUGGACUACCUGCCCCAGAUGCUGCCGAGCCUGCAAUCCUACUCUUGGUUGUUGGACCAACAAGACGUGGCCUUCAAGAGCUUCCCAGCGCAUCUGGGGACACACUGGAUGGCCGAAGCUGCCCUGGCAGUAAGGAAGCAUCUUGCCCGGAGUGGGGAGUCUCUGCUCACUAGCCGCAUCAAGGCCAUUGUGCUCGACGUCCCCAACAUUAGAUAUGUUGAUCGGCCGUUUCCGUCUUCCGAACACGAAGCCAGGCACUCCUUCCAGUUUGCCGCCUGCACAGCGUUGCUGGAUGGCUUCGUCUCAGCCGAAUCCUUCACGUCGCAGAGACUGUCCAGGCCGGAGUUGAAUGACCUGUUCCGAAAGACCAGCCUGGAGCAUUCUCCGGACAAUCUCCCCAGCUUCAACAGCCUUUACUGUGGGGUCAAAGUUGUCCUCCAGGAUGGAGACAGUCGGGAAGAGCGUUGUGAAACCUUCUACGGGCACUGGAGGAAGCCCUUGAGCCGCGGGGAUUUGGUGAAGAAGUUCCACGCCAAUGCCAUCUCUGCUGUCUCCCCAGAAGUGGCUGAAAGCAUCGUAGAAGCAGUUGAUCGGCUGGAAUCCCUGGAGGACUGCGGGGAGUUGUUCUCACUUCUUCGAGGAGCUGAGCUGACCAAAGAUUUGAGGCAACGCAAGAGGGAGAUUUUGUGAGAUCUACGUGGCCCGAGAAGAACCUUCCUGGCCUGGCCUUCAUGGUCAGCCACGGCCUAUCAUCAUCUGAGCUUCAUUGAUU